AUGACCAGCACGGGGAGCUCAGACCCCAUCCCCGGAUCCCAGGAGAGAGGAGUGGACCGAGGAAGGCAGGCAGGCGUGGCUCUCCGUCCAUCCGUCCAUCUGCCUGUUGGUCCACGCAGGCUCCUGAGGCGCGGACAGAGGGACCCACGAAGGGCGGGACUCGGCAGGAAGCAGUGUUCUGGCCUCUUGAACCUCUGUGCGCCCCCUGGGGGCACCUCUAGAAAAGAAGGGAAUCCUACUGGGAGUGCAGCUGGGGCCUUGAGCCGCCGGGACUCGGCCAUGAAUCCUGUCCUGAUGCUCCUUCGGAGCUGCCAACCUCCUCCAGGUGCCUCGCUGCCGCCCCACCCCCGCCGGGUCAUCUCGGUCAGCUCCUCACCCCCAGCCACUCAGGAGUUUGAGGACGGAGUUUUCACCUUCGCACAUGAUUGUCAACGUGAUGGAGGACAAGCGCGAUCUCCUCCCACCCUCCUCCAGCCCCACAGUGUAAGUAAGGUACACAAGUGGUGUUCUUCUGAAGGGGAAGGACCAGGAGGGAGAAAAGGAACAAGAGCCACUUCUUGCUCAGCUGCACACGGAGAGUCAUCCAGACUCUGGCUCUCCCUGGCCAUCAGGCCCCAGGCGUCUGCCCUCCAGGCUGCUCUCCGCCCCCCACCCCACCCCCACGCCAGUGCACAGGAGGCUCCCAGCCUGUCUCUUGCCACCGAUGGUCACUUUUGUGACUGCAGAAUCGAGCUUCUAACACUGUGUGAGAGUGUCACUCCCCCACCUGUAGGAUGGACUCCCACCACCAUCGCUGAAAGCUACCCACACACCUGA